AUGAAGGGCGGUGGAUGGGAGAAGAAAGUAGGCAGUCGGCCAAGCAUGGCCAACCAAAGAAAGGUUAUGUGCGUCGGAAAGCAAGAAGCCUUCCAAAGAAGCUCCCUACGGUGUCCUGGUUCCAGUGUGCUGAGCGAUCUUUUGAGACUGAGCACCGAACCUCCGGCUUUGGACAUGACAACUCCGGUAGUAUGGACCUGCUUAGGAAAGGUCUACUUGUCGAUCUGCAUCGGCCUCUUGGACUCCGGUAAGGUAAGCAGCAUCCCCAACUCGAUGAAGUUCUGCACGAUUGGUCAGUUUAGAAGUCAGCCUGAACUGAUUUUUCAGUCUUUGCUCAGCCCGAUCGUUCCUAUCUUGCCUCGAGCGCUAGGGAAUUAUGCAAUUAAAGGUGGGCUGCCGCCAGCCUCAUCCCACCUUAGAGACGGAAAGUCGAAAGAAGGCGAAGCGGCGCUGUAA